GGAGCACACCUGAGCCGCAUUUACUUCCACUAUUGGCAAAUUCAAGGUUCGGGUGGUCCAGCAUCGAACACUGAGAUCCUACAGAUGAAGCGAAAGACCUCCCGAGCAGUUAAGAGCUAACUUUAUGCGCGAAAGCGUCCUGAUGAAUAACGAGUAACUGCACCUGGUAAAAGUGACGGGCCCCUGAAGCCAGAAAGCAGGUUGCCGGCCAAAGAGAAAGACGAGUGAACCUUGCAGUUCAUUAUUACUGUCGCACCAAGGGUUGCUCAAAGGCUCAGUACACGACAAUCCUUUUACCACAUGACAAUCAGAUAGCGGCUUUCAAAAUGAGCUCAUCAAAACAGGAUCAAUCCAUUUUCGAUACCCUGGCCGCAAGGCUCGACAAGGAUCCUGGCACUCCAGUGAACGAUCCGACGGAAUCUUUCUGGCAGGUUCCCAGGCUACCAAUAGCAGAUGCGAGAUCUGAGCAGUUGCCUGAGGUCGCUGAUGUUGUCGUGAUCGGCUCAGGAAUUACUGGGAUUAGCACUUCCUUGCAUCUGCUGAGGCAAGAUCACUCCCUCAAGAUUGUCAUGCUUGAAGCGAGAUCAGCCAUAUCGGGAGCAACAGGGCGUAAUGGAGGCCACAUAAAAGCAGUCCCAUGGGCCGACUACUAUGCUCUCAAGGAGGAGUUUGGCAAGGAAAGUGCCAUGAAGAUCACCAAGUUUCGGCUAUCUCAUUUGGAUGCUUUGGUCGGCGAAGCCGAUGCCCUAGGUGAAGCUGGUAAAGUUGGGCUCGUCAGAAGAGUCGAGGGUGUUAGCGGCGUCUACGAUGAGGAAGGUUGGAAACUUGCAAAGGUCAAGCUGCAAUCCUUCCUUGAGGACUUCCCCGAGGAAAGGGGUAGAUGGACUAUAUGUGAAGACCAGGCCGAGCUCAACCAACUCGGCCUUGCGAAUGCAUACGGCUGUAUCAGAGGGCGGUCAGGGGCAGCCUGGCCAUAUCGUCUGCUUGGCUGCGUGUUGAGCAAAAUGUUAAGUGAAGGACAGUUAUCCCUCGAAACGCAAACAGUUGGGCAGGAGGUUCGCUGCACUCGGUCUACAAGUCACCCGUACGAAGUGCAUACGUCGAGAGGGCUGAUAUCUACCAAGCACGUUAUCCAUUGCACCAACGCAUACACUGCACACUUGCUGCCGGCCUUGAAAGGGAAAUUGUGGCCACUGCGAGGCCAAAUGACCGUGCAGUCUGUGCCCGAGGCUUUCCCUCGCGUUGGCGGCACAAGAUCGUGGAGUGCGAUAUGGGCCAGAGGUUUCGACUACAUUACUCAGUCACCCGCCGAGGAUGGAUCACUCUAUCUAGGAGGAGGAUUCUUGCAAGGUGGACUGGAGAAGGACCAAGAUCUGGGCAGCACCGAUGACAGCACACUGAGUGCGCAGUGUCUUGAGCAUCUUGAGGCCGUGCCAUCAAAAGCUUUUGUUCACGGUACUGGCGCCAAAGUCGAGAAGAAAUGGACUGGUAUCAUGGGUUUUACCGGAGAUGGCUUGCCCAUGGUCGAUCGAGUCAGGAGUCACGUCUCGGGAAGGGAAGAAUGUGAGCCCAAUGUCGGCGGUGAAUGGAUCGCAGCUGGCUGGGACGGCUAUGGUAUGGUGCAUUGCUGGUUGGCCGGCAAAGCACUUGCUGCCAUGGUCACUGGGCAUGAGGACGAGGUCCGCGACUGGUUCCCCAAGGACGAGUUUGCGUGCUCAAAAGAACGGCUGGAUAAGAUGAGUGCCGAAGGCGCACUGGAACGCUUCUUCGGGUCGCUAACUUCAGAAAACAAAAGGUGAUGAUCGACAGCGGCGACAGCGGCGAGUCCUUUGUGGCAACUGUCCAAACACUGAUACCGACAAACUCUACCAGGAUCAAGAUUCUCCGGGAUUAUAUGUUGUCAUCAAUGGUUGUGAAUCCAGAGUCAAGCGACUACCCGCCCAAAUAAGCCAAAAGGGGAAUUAAAUACCGCGCAAUCAGACUCGAUUGGUCGACGCUGCGGUGUUGAG